GCGCUAAGGCUGCACUUUCCCUUCGCCAACACCACCCCCCCCCCUCACCGGUUUCCUCCCGCGGGGCGGCAGCGGAGAUUUCCUCUCGGGGAAACUACGCGGAUCCUUCCCGGGGCUCCUCGCCCCGCCCCACUUCUCCGCCCCCUCCCCUUUGCUGGGGAGCCGGUACCGGCCUGCGCCGGGAAGAGGCUCUGGCAGCCUGAGCGGGAGGUGGCGGGGGGCCACGGAGCCGCUGGCCACUGACUCGCUUCGCCAUGUGACGCUGCCCUCCGCCCAGGGACCCCCAUCGAGCCCCCGGCCCGCGCCCGCGCUGGAUCGCGCCGGGCACCAUGCUUCUGCCGGGCCAUGCGCGCCCGCCGCCCGCGCCGCAGCCCGCGCAGCAUCCUGGACUCCGCAGGCAGGUAGAGCCUCCUGGGCAGCUCCUGCGCCUCUUCUACUGCACUGUCCUGGUCUGUUCCAAAGAGAUCUCAGCGCUCACGGACUUCUCUGGUUACCUAACCAAACUCCUGCAGAACCACACCGCCUAUGCCUGCGAUGGGGACCAUUUGAAUCUACAGUGCCCUCGGCAUUCUACGAUAAGUGUCCAGUCGGCCUUCUAUGGGCAAGAUUACCAAAUGUGUAGCACCCAACAGCCUGCCUCCCAGAGGGAAGACAGCUUAACCUGCGUGGCACCCACAACACUGCAGAAGGUGCUGGAUGAAUGCCAGAACCAGCGUGCCUGCCAUCUCCUGGUCAAUAGCCGUGUUUUUGGACCUGACCUUUGUCCAGGAAGCAGUAAAUACCUCCUGGUCUCCUUUAAAUGCCAGCCUAAUGAACUAAAAAACAAAACCGUGUGUGAAAACCAAGAGCUGAAGCUGCACUGUCACCCAUCGAAGUUUCUCAACAUCUACUCUGCGAGCUACGGCAGGAGGACCCAGGAGCCAGACAUCUGCUUCUCAGAAGCAGAGCGGCUCCCCCCUUUUGACUGUCUGUCUUACUCAGCUUUGCAAGUGUUAUCCAGGAGGUGCUACGGGAAGCAGAGAUGCAAAAUCAUCGCCAACAAUCACCAUUUCGGGAGCCCGUGUCUGCCAGGAGUGCAAAAAUACCUCUCCGUCACCUAUGCCUGUGUUCCCAAGAACAUACUCACCGCGAUCGAUCCAGCCAUUGCUAAUCUGAAACCUUCUUUGAAGCAGAAAGACAGUGAAUAUGGUAUAAACUUUGACCCAAGCGAAACGAGGGUUCUGAGGAAAGACGGAGUUAUUGUUAGCGACUCUCUGGCUGCCUUUGCCUACAUCAGAGCCCACCCAGAGAGAGCAGCCCUGCUGUUCGUGUCCAGUGUCUGCAUCGGUCUUGCACUCACAUUGUGCGCCCUGGUCAUCAGGGUGUCCUGCACCAAGGACUUCAGGGAGCUGCAGCUGGUGAAGGAGCACCUCGUGCCAGGAAGUGACAAGGCUGAGGAAGACAGUGAGGAUGAAGAGGGGGAGGAGGACUCUUCAGACUCUGAUUUCCCAGGGGAACCGUCUGGGUUUUGUAGGACUGCGUAUCCUGUCUACAGUUCCAUAGAAGCCGCAGAGCUGGCCGAAAGGAUUGAGCGCAGGGAGCAAAUCAUCCAGGAAAUAUGGAUGAACAGUGGUUUGGACACCUCACUCCCGAGAAAUAUGAGCCAGUUCUACUGAAAAAGAGACACAUCUUAUGCGAUCACACUUUCUGAAGAGGGAAGGAUCCAAAAUGCCCCUCUGGUUCUAUUUCACUCGUACCUUCCAUGAAGGAGUAUUUGUUAUGUCAUCCAAUACCGGUGAAGCGAGAAGCUGUUAAAGGGACCUUUCAAACUGUUUACAGCACAUUCAAAAUAAAUUAGGAGGGAAGUCUUUGUUUUCUUUAUUUAUUUAAAUUCUUAAAAAAAAAUUUUUUUUAACGUUUAUUUAUUUUUGAGACACAGAGAGAGAGCAUGAGCAGGGGAGGGGCAGAGAGGGCGGGAGACACAGGAUCCAAAGGAGGCUCCAGGCUCUGAGCUGUCAGCACAGAGCCCGACGCGGGGCUCGAACUCACGAACCGUGAGAUCAUGACCUGAGCUGAAGUGGGACGCUCACCGACUGAGCCACCCAAGUGCCCCUUAAAUUCAUUUUUAUACAUUAACAUAGAAUGCACAUUUAUUGCGUGCUUAUAAUUCCAGGCUCUGUUGUAGCUGCUUUUCAUAUGUUAAGUCAUUAAUUCCCCACAACAACCUCACGAGGUAGUGCUAUCAUCCCUUUUACAAAUGAGUAAACAGGAGAUUCCUUGUAUCAAAAAAAAAAAAAUUGUACUGAUAUACAGGACAGCAAGCUUGAAUCCAUCCACUAUGUGGUGGAUUUUAAUCACUAAAAUUAUUUGUUUAGAACAGAGAUCAGCAACAUUUUUUUUCUUUUCUUUUCUUUAAAUUUUAAAUGUUUACUUAUUUCUGAGAGUGCAAGCAGGGGAGGGGCAGAGAGAGAGGGAGACACAGAAUCCGAAGCAGGUUCCAGGCUCCGAGCUGUCAGCCCAGAACCCGGCAUGGGGCUCGAACCCAUGGACCGCGAGAUCGUGACCUGAGCCGAAGUCAGACACUCAACCGACUGAGCCACCCAGGUGCCCCUCAGCGAAAUUUUUCUUAAAGGGCAAGAUAAUAUUUUAGGCAUGUGGGUCAUGCCCUGACUGCUCAACUCUGCCAUUGUAGCUCACAGGUAGCUAUACAUAGCUAGUACAUAAUGAGUGAAUGUAGCUGUGUCCCAAUAAAACUUUAUUUACAGACGCUGAAACUUUGAAUUUGAUUUCAUUUUCACAUGUCACAUAUUCUUUUUUUUUUUUUUUAAUCACUUUAAAAUGUAAAAACCUUUCUUAGCUCACAGGUGUACAAAAACAGGUAGCAUUUACCUGAUUUUGUAAAUAAUGUGUGGGCCACAAGACCUAAAAUAUUUACUCUCUUGCCCUUUAUUUUGUUUUGAUGUUUAUUUAUUUUUGAGAGACGCGGGGAGAAAGAGAGAGAGAGAGAAUGAACGGUGGAGGGACACAGAGAGAGAGGAAAACAACAGAAUCCCAGGCAGGCUCCAGGCUCUGAGCUGUCAGCACAGAGUCCCCACGCGGGGCUCAGAACCCAUGGACCACCAGAUCAUGACCUGAGCCAAAGUCUGACGCUUAACCGAUGGAGACACCCAGGCGCCCCUGCUCUCUUGCCCUUUAGAGAAAAAGUUUGCCCACUCCUGAUUCAGAAUGUAAGACUGCACAGCUUCUAGUGGUCAAAGGGAUCAUCCAGAUUACCCAACAGUCCUUUGGGCAAGGAUCAAGGCGGGGAGUUACCUUUC